CGCUGUGCAACCGUGCGACGCAGAGCCAUGUGUGGGCGCGCGCCAUCGCUCCACUUGUAAUUUGUAAAGGCACCACCACCCCCAAGCGCGGAGGACGCCGCACUGUGGCGCCACCUACCUGAGAGCGACCUCCCUCUUCCCCUCGCUCGCUCCAAGCAGCUCACAGAGGCCCUCUCUCCUGCUGGCAUCUUUUAUAUCCCUUCUCCUGCUGGCCUCUCUUCUUCCCCCCUGCCUGCCACCAUCAUAUCUCGGCUUCCAUAUAACGAUCGAUCAUCGUCAAGGUCGUCGGUUGGCGGCGCACGCAGAGGCCGACCAACCGGACAUCGACCGACUGGCCGGCAUGGCGAAGCAGUCGUGCUGCCACAAGAAGAAGCUGAGGAGAGGGCUGUGGUCGCCCGAGGAGGACGAGAAGCUCAUGAACCACAUUGCCAAGUACGGCCACGGCUGCUGGAGCUCCGUCCCUAAGCUCGCAGGACUUGAGAGGUGUGGCAAGAGCUGCAGGCUGAGGUGGAUAAACUACCUGAGGCCAGACCUCAAGAGGGGCACCUUCUCGCAGGAGGAGGAGGACCUCAUCAUACACCUCCAUUCCUUGCUGGGAAACAAGUGGUCUCAGAUUGCGGCGCAGCUGCCCGGCCGGACGGACAACGAGGUCAAGAACUUCUGGAACUCGUACAUCAAGAAGAGGCUCAGGGAGCGCGGCAUCGACCCCGCCACCCACCAGCCGCUAGCCGAGCCCGCCGCCGCCCCCUGCCGCGCGGUGUUCGGGGACGUCGUCGACCUCAUCCCGCCAACGACGACGCCGCUUCAGGCGCCACUCGCGGCGGACUCAAUGCCGCUGGACGGCGUGAAGCUCCCGCUGGACUGGCCCGUCGCCGGCACCGCCGCGCCGCCCCCGUCGUCGCUGUCGAGGUCGUCAUGCUACCACCAGCUGCAAGGGGCCUGCUUCGACAUGGACGCGCUGCAGCAGCACUGCGCCGCAGCCGCCGUCCCGGCGGCGCCGGUCGUCCCGUCGGCGUCCAGUUCCAGCACGCUCACCUCGAUGGCAGAAGCCGAACACUGCAACGCUAGCGUCGCCGGCGCCGACGGGCUCCCGUGGCUGGAGCUCGGGCCGAACGCCGUGGCCGACGCCGGCCACGUCGACAGCUACGCCGGCGCGCUGGACGAGCUCAGGUGGUCGGAGUACUUCGACGCCGCCUUCCAGGCCGCCGCGAGCCAGCAAGGCGCCCUGCAGGCUGGGCAGUGUGUCUACAGCGGCAAGGACGACGUCGCGGUGCACUUCGACGUCCAUGGCCUGAGCAACUGGUGCUAAUCCAUUCACUCAAGAAGAAACGGUUCAUCGCUGCAAAUUAUUACUGGCUGUUAAGCCUGAUCAACGGAGCAUUUCACCUGGUGUUACUUAUUUUUUUUCUUCUUCUUAAUUGUCCUGUUGCUGUUGAUAUGAGCAGCGAAUUUGUUCGUGUGAUGAUGAUUACAAUUCAAGUACCACACAUGUAAAGUACAUAUACGAUGUUAAUCAGUAAAUACCUGCAGAGAGAGGAGAAAGAGAUGAACGGGCCAAGGUUAAAUAAAAUGGGAAUUAUUAUUUGGAUUAGCUCAGCAUAAUGUAUAAUGUAUAUUGUAUGCGUGCAUGUAUUUGACUU